ACGUCAGAAGAACAUUUUCUGACGUAUUCAUCGCGAUAAACCGUUUCGUCGAGAUUUGUUAUCUAUAAUUUCUAAUAAACUUAGUAAAAAGCUAGAAAGAAUCUUAUCAUGGAUGAAGAAUACGAUGCAAUAGUUCUGGGCACCGGUCUAAAGGAAUGUAUCCUUAGCGGGAUGCUCUCCGUUUCCGGCAAAAAGGUUUUACACGUCGACCGUAACAAAUACUAUGGUGGAGAAUCGGCCUCGAUCUGCCCAUUAGAAGAGCUGUUUACGAAAUUCGGAGCACCCGCUCCCGACGAGAGCUACGGCAGAGGCAGAGAUUGGAAUGUCGAUUUAAUACCCAAGUUUCUAAUGGCCAACGGUUCCCUCGUUAAAUUAUUAAUACACACGGGAGUCACCCGAUAUUUGGAGUUCAAAAGUGUUGAGGGCAGUUACGUGUAUAAAGGUGGUAAAAUCGCAAAGGUUCCAGUAGAUCAGAAGGAAGCCCUCGCCUCAGAUUUGAUGGGAAUGUUUGAGAAGAGACGUUUUCGCAACUUCCUCAUCUACGUUCAAGAUUUUCUCGACGAGGAUCCAAAAACGUGGAAAGAUUUCGAUCCUAGAACUCAAAACAUGACUGCUCUGUACGAAAAAUUCGGGCUGGACAAGAACACUCAAGAUUUUACAGGACAUGCUCUUGCUCUGUUUAGGGACGAUGAGUAUCUAAACAACCCAGCAAUCGAGACCAUUAAGAGAAUCAAGCUCUAUUCCGAUUCACUGGCUAGAUAUGGUAAAUCGCCAUAUUUAUAUCCGAUGUACGGUUUGGGAGAAUUGCCUCAAGGAUUUGCGCGUUUGUCUGCAAUUUAUGGUGGAACAUACAUGUUGGACAAACAAAUUGAUGAAAUCGUUCUUGGAGAAGGUGGUAAGGUCGUUGGAGUGCGCUCAGGCAGUGAAAUCGCCAGAUGUAAACAGGUUUAUUGUGAUCCUACUUACGUACCGGACCGUGUAAGAAAGAAGGGCAAGGUAGUUAGAUGCAUUUGCUUACUAGACCAUCCCAUUCCGAACACUAAAGAUGCUCUGUCUACACAAAUCAUCAUUCCACAAAAACAGGUGGGUCGUCAUUCCGACAUAUACGUUUCGCUGGUGAGUUACACUCAUCAGGUUGCGGCUAAAGGCUGGUUCAUAGCGAUGGUGUCCACAACCGUGGAAACGGAUAAUCCGGAAUCGGAAAUAAAGGCCGGGCUAGACUUGCUCGGUCCGGUCCGUCAGAAAUUCGUGUCCGUAUCGGAUUAUUACGAGCCCACCGAUGACGGCUUGCAGUCGCAGAUAUUUAUUUCCCAGUCGUACGACGCCACCACUCAUUUCGAGACAACAUGUUUGGACGUGUUGGAUAUCUUUAAGCGGGGCACGGGGGAGGAAUUUGAUUUUUCGAAAAUUAAACACGAACUAGGAGAUGAAGAACAAUAAAAAAAAGUAUUCGAGUUAAUUUAAAUUUUUAUGCAAUUUCUUUUUUUUUUAUCUUUAUUUUUUUUUGGUCAUCCGUCAAAUUUUAUGCUCAAAUUUAUAGUUUUUUUUUGAAAAAGGAAUUCAGAAUUCAUUAUUUUCUUAAGGCCCCCAUACACCACACGAUUAAUUUCGCCGGCUUUAACUGUACGUUUAAAACGCGGAUAGAAAGUAGGGAUGGGCUUUUUCCUGCUAUAUCGAUAACUGUCGAUAGUUAUUGAUAUAUCGAAUAUACAAGAUUUUUUAUCGAUUAUCGAUAUAUCGAACUAAUCAAUACCAAUGACGGAUUACAGUCGUAAAUCUUUAUAUCGCAGUCUUACGAUGUUACCAUUCAUUUCGGGACGACAUGUUUGGACGUGUUGGAUAUCUUUAAGCGGGGCACGGGGGAGGAAUUUGAUUUUUCGAAAAUUAAACACGAACUAGGAGAUGAAGAACAAUAAAAAAAGUAUUCGGGUUAAUUUAAAUUUUUAUGCAAUUUUUUUUUAUCUUAUCUUUAUUUUUUUUUGGUUAUCCCUCAAAUUUUAUGCUCAAAUUUAUAGUUUUUUUUGAAAAAGGAAUUCAGAAUGCAUUAUUUUCUUAAGGCCCCCAUACACCACACGAUUAAUUUCGCCGGCUUUAACUGUACGUUUAAAACGCGGAUAGAAAGUAGGGAUGGGCUUUUUCCUGCUAUAUCGAUAACUGUCGAUAGUUAUUGAUAUAUCGAAUAUACAAGAUUUUUUAUCGAUUAUCGAUAUAUCGAACUAAUCAAUACCAAUGACGGAUUACAGUCGUAAAUCUUUAUAUCGCAGUCUCACGAUGUUACCAUUCAUUUCGGGACGACAUGUUUGGACGUGUCGGAUAUCUUUAAGCGGGGCACGGUGGAGAAGUUCGAUUUUUCGAAAAUUAAACACGAACUAGGAGAUGAAGAACAAUAAAAAAAGUAUUCGAGUUAAUUUAAAUUUUUAUGCAAUUUCUUUUUUUUUAUCUUUAUUUUUUUUUGGUCAUCCGUCAAAUUUUAUGCUCAAAUUUAUAGUUUUUUUUUGAAAAAGGAGUUCAGAAUUCAUUAUUUUCUUAAGGCCCCCAUACACCACACGAUUAAUUUGGCCGGCUUUAACUGUACGUUACGUUUAAAACGCGGAUAGAAAGUAGGGAUGGGCUUUUUCCUGCUAUAUCGAUAACUGUCGAUAGUUUUUGAUAUAUCGAAUAUACAAGAUUUUUUAUCGAUUAUCGAUAUAUCGAACUAAUCAAUACCAAUGACGGAUUACAGUCGUAAAUCUUUAUAUCGCAGUCUUACGAUGUUACCAUUCAUUUCGGGACGACAUGUUUGGACGUGUCGGAUAUCUUUAAGCGGGGCACGGUGGAGAAGUUCGAUUUUUCGAAAAUUAAACAUGAACUAGGAGACGAAAAACAAUAAAAAAAGUAUACAGGUUAAUUUAAAUUUUUAUGCAAUUUCUUUUUUUUUAUCUUAUCUUUAUUUUUUUAGUCAUCCGUCAAAUUUUAUGCUCAAAUUUAUAGUUUUUUUUGAAAAAGGAAUUCAGAAUUCAUUAUUUUCUUAAGGCCCCCAUACACUACACGAUUAAUUUGGCCGGCUUUAACUGUACGUUUAAUCAAAUCAUCCGUCAUCCGUCAAAUUUUAUGUUCAAAUUUAUCGUUUGUUCUUGAAAAAGGAAUUCAGAAUGACUUCUGGUCCCUUCUUAAGGUCCCCAUAUACCACACGGUUAUUUUGCUCGGUUUUAACUGUACGGUUAAAUCGCGGGUAGCAAGUAGGGAUGGGCUUUUUUCUGAUAUAUCGAUAGUUAUUGAUGUAUCGAAUAACAAUAGGAUACUUCAAAAUUAUCGAUAUAUGGAAUUGAUUGAUACCAGUGACGGAUUACAGUCGUAAAUCUUAAUCUCGCAGUCUUACGAUGCUACCAGUCAUUUCGAGACAACAUGUUUGGACGUUUUGGAUAUCUUUAAGCGGGGCACGGAGGAGGAGUCGAUUUUCGGGUUCGGGUAGAAAGCAGGGAUGGGAUUUUUUCCGAUAUACUGAGAACUAUCGAUAAUUAUCGGUAUAUCAAAUUAUAACAGAUAUACUAAAAUAUAUCAAUAGGUCAAUUGCGACAUUAUUGAUAGGUAAAGUUCAUAAUCGUUCAUCCCUAAUAGAAAGCACGGGCAAGCAACCUCCACACAUUUGCCGUCCUCCUUUCACGUAGUUGAGCAACUCUGAACUGUUCAAGAACGCGAUACUCUCACUCCAUUCAAUUGAGUCAUAAAGUUCCAGAACUGUUCCCCGCCAUAUGGCGGCACGAGGCUAUCGCGCACAGCUCCUUUCAGAACCGUUCUCGAGUAGCCCUAGAGCGUAAAGCCCGGAACUCGAAGUUCGCGAAUGGAGGACAGCAAUUGUCUCAUUUUGGUCAAAUGAAAUCAUUUUAUCCGCGCCGUGGUUAAGAACAAUGUAUCCAAGAAAAAAUUGCUAGCAAUGGCGGCGGUAAUUACGAUAAAAAAGAAAAUCCAGAAAAGGAAUAGAAAAAAAAUGGCGCUCGGAAAAAUAUAUUCUAUUACGCUCAAUAGUCGAAUUCGGGCAAUCCCCGAGAAAAAUACGCAAAUCUAGUUUUGAGCAAGGAAUAUUUCCCAAACCCGAAAAAUUAAUUUUAUUCGAUUAUUUUUUUUUUGCUUAGUGUGAUUUGAUUGGAUUGACUUUUUGGUUGGAUUGGUUUAGUUAUUUGGCGAGUUGGUUACCGUGGUUAUUUGGAGGGUGUUAAUUCAUUGGUUAGUUGGUUUUUCGGGUUUGGGAAAUAUUCCUUGCUCAAAACUAGAUUUUCGACUAUUGAGCAUAUCCAUACAAUAUCGGGUAGGAAGGAACGGGCCAAACCGUAUGGUUAAAAUAUCUGGCGAUGACAGAUAGUCAACGAACACUCAUAUACACUGACAUUUUUAUACAAACAGUCCUACCCUUUCGGUUAAAACCGUACUAAAUAACCGAAGCGUAUGGGGGCCUUUAGUUUCGAGAUAAUUUAGUUAUAAUGGUAGUUUCAGUGUUGAUGAAAAAAAUACAGUAAUCCUUUCGAUGUUUUUAGUAACUGGGAUUUACCCAGAAUAUAAAAAAUCCAAAGUUGUAUAAAAAUAUAAGGCUUAUAGAAUUUUAAAGGAAUUAAUUUUAGUUUAAGAUUAUUUGAGAUUUUUUAAAAACAAUUAUCGGCUAAAUAGUUAUAGUAGAGGCCUGUAUGGUUUAUUAUGAAGUUGAUCUGUACUAUCUGUCAUACAUAAAAAAAACAUUAUUUAUAUGUAUAAUUGUGAUUUUAAGUGUUAUUAUAUUAUUAAGCACCUACUAUUGUAAUCCUAAAUAGCUGUUAUUGAUUAUGGAGACCAUCUAACAUUUUGGAAUGGUGAUUUUAUAUAGUUUUUGAUAUUUUUUACAUAGGAGAGGUGGUCUUGAAUUUUUGUUGGUAAUUGGUUGCGUUCCACUAAAUAAUUGUAAGAAGCUGAAUAGCUGAAUUUAAUGCUGUUUUAAAUCAUAGGAAACAAAUAUGUUUUCUGUGCAAACCCUUUUUCUAUUGUUUACCUAGAAGCUUUAAGCACUUCUGUAUGCGGGACAUUGCCAAUAGCAUUUUCUAUUCGUUUGUAAAAUUAAAAAGCAUAUAUUUACUGUGAGAAUCAAAUAAAUCUUUUAAAA